CACAGAGGACAGCAGUCACAAAUCAAAUAAAUCGCAUUCGAUCAAGUCAUGGCGAAAUAUAAACUAAUCGCUUGGUAUUUAAUUCUACUUGUGGGGCCUCUUCAAGCCAGUUGCCCAUUCUUUUUAACAAUUUCCCUAACUGGAAAAACAUUGCACGAUGCCUGUUUGGAGGUCAAUUGGGGACCGGAUUGUGCAGCUCCACCCGAAUGGAUUGGCAUAUAUAAUCGUGAUCCAACCAUAUCAAAUUUUCAACCCGAAAUGCGUAUCGAUGGCAUUAAGAAUCGUACGGGAAAAAUUACAACACACAUUAAAUUGGGUAAAUUACAUUAUCCAGGUGGCUGGAAUCGUCAGGAUUUAAAUGAAUCCCCGGCCACAGUUUAUCCCAAGGGCAAAUGUUUGCCCCAUUAUGUGGCCAGUUACAAUGGCACCGAGCUUCUAACGGUUGAUUGCCUCAAAAUUCAACCCAAUUGGUUGGCCCAUCUCAAAGGUGUUGCCCAAAUACCAAUUAAGCGAUUAUUUCUUCCCGGAACCCAUGCCUCGGGUGCCUUUGUCACCAACUAUAGUAAAACGAAAUCAAUGCUAGUCAAAGAUUAUUUAGUUGCUCAACAUUUCGAUGUUUGGUCGCAAUUAGUUUUUGGCAUACGAUAUUUGGAUUUGAGUGUGGGCUACAAACACUCGGAUAGUGAGACAAUGGAUAAUGGUGCAGAUAAUUUUUGGAUAGCCAAUGAGAAUAUGUUUAUUACCCCAUUGACUGCCAUACUACGAGAUGUUCGACAAUUUGUUCAACGUUCUGGUGAAUUGAUUGUUCUGGACUUUAGCUCAUUUCCCAUUGGUUUCUAUAAGCAUCCCGAAGUCUAUAGUUUACUUUAUCGUCUCAUUCACAAAGAACUUGGUGAUGUGGCCUAUCAGCGUAAUGUUAGCAAUAAUGAACAAUGCGCCGAUCGCAGUUAUCAGGAAUUGCAUGAGGAGAAGAGACAUGUCCUGCUACUAUUUCCCACCCAAGAGUUGCCACAUCCAGAAAAUGAAUCUCCCAUACUCUGUCCACCAUGGAAACGUUUUAGUACCAGCUACUUAAAUCUUACCCAAACAGUGAAUUAUAUGCGUCUAUUGUUUAGCAAGAAACCAGAUUCACCAGUCCAGGAUGAGGGCUGGAUAUUCUAUGGGGUUAAGAGUAUGGAGGAGACUCUCAAUUCGCACAAAUUGCAAACGGCCAAGGAGCGUGCCGCUUUCAUUAAUCCAAAGAUCAAUCAAUGGCUAAAGGGUCCUUGGGGCAUGAAUGCGAAUGUUGUGGCAAUGGAUUAUUUCAGUAAUACGAAUAUUGUCGAUGUGGCAAGAGAAAUUAAUAUAUACAAAGGUUUUCUCUCGUCCAAUGAAAAGUUCUUUAACAUUGAACUUUUGAGCCUUUGGCAUUAAAUCAAUUACAUAUAUGAAAUUAUAUAGCAAAAAUAUAAUCAAACGAUUUCUAUUCAUCUUUAAAUCUCUAA